AUGCUUGACUCAGGUGCCACCGGAAAGGGGUUUAUAGACGAAUCCUUCGCGCACACCAACAAACUCACGCUUUAUGAAUUACGAAACCGUCGCCGGCUGAACGUAGUCGAUGGAAGACCCUCCUCGGCUGGCGACAUCACUCAUGUGGUGAAGCUCAACAUGGACAUCAAGGGACACAAGGAGAAGAUGCUUUUUUACGUAACGAAGCUUGGGAAGUAUAAUGUCAUACUUGGAAAACCCUGGCUAACAGAUCACAACCCAAUCGUCAAUUGGAGCACGAAUGUGGUCACUUUCAACUCUGAUCACUGCCGCAAAUACUGCAUGGAGAAAGGACAAUACCAACUUCCUGUUUCUGGAGCUCCCUCUUUGUCAAGUUCUGCAACCACGACUAUACUGCCACGCCCAUCAAUCCCCCGAAGAGUCGGCGCAGCCAUUCCACAUGCUGACCAAAACCGCGACGUCGACGUAUUCUCAUUAUCACUGUAUGAGAUCGACAAAAGGCUGGCUGAACUUGGGGUCAUCACAGAAGCCUCCACCUUCGUAGAACCUAAAACACGCCGACGGGUCCGAUUCGACUCUGCACUCACAGACAUGGACAAGAUGAACCGAGAGCUCCAGCUACAGGACGGAAUCACCUCCUUAACCCCAAGGACCAACAAACACAGGAACUCCGAGCUUCCCGGAAAAUAG